UAAUAAUACUCAUAAUAACAUAGUAAAUCUCUUCAGCUAUGGCUAUAGAAAGUGAUCUCUUUUCAACGGAGAUUGUGAACCGUGGGAUUGAAUCAUCUGGACCCAACGCUGGCUCAUUGGCCUUCUCUGUGAGGGUAAGGAGGCGCUUGCCAGAUUUUCUUCAAUCAGUUAAGCUUAAGUACGUGAAGUUGGGUUACCAUUAUCUCAUAAACCAUGGCAUUUACUUGUUCACUAUACCGGUUCUUCUGGUGGUGUUCAGUGCUGAGGUUGGUAACCUCAGCAAAGAGAACCUAUGGAAGAAGCUCUGGGAAGAUGCACGUUAUGACCUUGCCACCGUAAUGGCUUCGUUUGGCGUCUUAGUUUUCACCUUGUCCGUUUACUUCAUGUCAAAGCCACGACCCAUUUACCUCAUUGAUUUUGCAUGCUAUCAACCCGAUGAUGAACUCAAGGUGUCAAGGGAGCAAUUCAUUGAGAUAGCAAGAAAAUCAGGCAAGUUUGAUGAAGGUAGCCUUGAGUUUCAAAAGAGGAUCCUAAUGUGCUCAGGAAUAGGGGACGAGACUUACAUCCCAAAGUCAGUGAUCGGGUCAAGUGAGAACACAGCAACAAUGAAAGAAGGUCGUGCUGAGGCAUCCACGGUUAUAUUUGGAGCUCUUGAUGAGCUUUUUGAGAAAACAAGUGUUCGUCCAAAGGACAUAGGUAUUCUAGUAGUGAACUGCAGUAUCUUCAACCCAACACCAUCAUUGUCAGCAAUGAUCAUAAACCAUUACAAGAUGAGAGGAAACGUAUUGAGUUACAACCUUGGAGGAAUGGGUUGCAGUGGUGGUAUUAUAAGUGUGGACUUAGCAAGAGACAUACUUCAAUCUAACCCAAACAACUAUGCAGUUGUGGUGAGCACAGAGAUGGUGGGGUUUAAUUGGUAUCAAGGAAAAGAAAGGUCUAUGCUUAUUUCUAACUGUUUCUUUCGCAUGGGUUGUUCUGCUGUUUUGCUCUCAAAUCGUCGUCGUGACUAUAACCGUGCCAAAUAUCGUCUUGAACAUAUUGUUCGCACUCAUAAAGGUGCUGAUGAUCGCAGCUUCAGGUGUGUGUACCAAGAGGAAGAUGAUCAAAAAUUCAAGGGACUAAAGAUUAGCAAAGACUUGAUUGAAAUUGGUGGUGAUGCUCUCAAGACUAACAUCACUACACUAGGACCCUUGGUGCUACCCUUUUCUGAGCAGCUUUUCUUCUUUGUAACCUUAGUGUGGAGGCACUUAUUUGGUGGUAAAUCUAAUGGGAAUUCACCAUCAUCGAAAAAACCAUACAUUCCUGAUUAUAAACUUGCUUUUGAGCAUUUUUGUGUGCAUGCUGCAAGCAAGACCAUUCUUGAUGAGCUUCAGAGGAACCUUGAAUUGAGUGACAAGAACAUUGAAGCAUCAAGGAUGACAUUGCAUCGUUUUGGCAACACAUCUAGCAGCAGCAUUUGGUAUGAACUUGCUUACUUGGAAGCAAAGGAAAGAGUGAAAAGUGGGGAUCGUAUUUGGCAACUUGCUUUUGGUUCUGGCUUCAAGUGUAACAGUGUAGUUUGGCGUGCCAUGCGCCGAACCACUAAACCUUCUAGUAACCCUUGGCUUGACUGUGUUAACAGAUAUCCUGUGUCUCUCACUUAAUCUCUACAAGUCACUAAACUGAACACAAAGUUGAGAGCAAUAUUAUUAGUCUAUCAGUGAUAAGAAAGAUGUGUUUAGGAUCAAUACUAUUAGUCCUAAGUUGGUCUUUACUGCUUUUUUUUUUUUCUUCAUUAUCUUAAAAUUGUAUACUGUUAACGAGGCAUAUAGCAUGCCAGCUUGCUUGUUUCUCUGUCACUUUAUGGAAUGAUAUCAAAAGUUAAAUGGUGACUACUUAUAAUCAAUGUUACAUGUCUCACAAGUUUUCCUCUA